UGUCCCUUGGCGCCCGGACAUCUUGGCCUGAUUGUCUUGAUGUCAUUUGUCAGUCGACUGAUCGCUGCAGAGAAGAUGCUGAACAAUUCCUGGAAGAUGGAGUCUCAAUUAUCAAGCCAACUGACUUUGCCAAUGUAUAUAAGGGCCGUGGUUCCCUGAAGAGAACGAUCCAUCAACAAGAGAACACUCUCAUCCACCACCAACAACUCUCUACAACCCAUUCCAUCAAAACAAACAGGCACCCAUAAAAAUGUCCAAACUCCUCACCGUCUUCGGAGCCACAGGCCGCCAGGGCGGCUCUGUCAUUCGCACCGUCCUCGCCGACUCCAGCCUCUCCAAGCAAUUCAAGAUCCGUGGAAUCACCCGCGAUGUCUCGAAGCCGGACGCUAAGGCCCUCGCGGACAAGGGUGUCGAGAUGAUAAGCGCUGAUAUGACUUCCGUCCCGUCGCUCGUGCAAGCCCUAACAGGCUCACACUCGGUCUUCCUCGUGACAACGCCUACAUUCACCCAGAACUCCGACCAGGAACUCACGCAAGGCAAGAACGUCGCUGAUGCCGCCAAGGAGACAGGCGUGCAGCACCUGAUUUACUCGUCUUUACUUCAUGUCACUGAGACCACCGGCGGUCGUCUCAAGGACGUCCCGCACUUCGACCACAAGGCCGAGAUUGAGAGGUAUAUCCGCUCUCUCGGCGUGCCUGCUAGCUUUGUACUUCCCGGGUACUUCAUGUCCAAUUACACCUCUAUGGGCAUGAUUCUGAAGGGUGAGGACGGUGUUUUCAACCUCGCCUACCCUGUUAGCGAGGACUCCAAGUUCCCGCUUAUCGAUAUCGACGCUGAUAUGGGCAAAUACGUCGCCAUCGCACUCAAGAAUCCCUCCAAGACCCAAGGCUCUCAAAUACUUGCCGCAACCGACUACUACACACCAACCCGCAUUCUCAAAGAAUUCGAAGAGGUAACCGGACACAAGACGCGGUUCGUCAAGAUCGACAACGAGACGUACAAGAGCUUUAUGCCGGGGUAUCUGGGCCUUGAAAUGCUGGAGAAUCACCUGUUCAUCGAAGAGCCGGGGUACUACAACGGCCGAAGCCUGAAGGAGAGCCAGGAUCUGUUGGCGGAGGCCGGGUACAAGCCUACUACGUGGAAGGAUUUUCUGGAGGAGAACAAGGCUGCUUUUGUCUAAGGCUUCUCGUCACUUGUCUUCUUAUUUCUUCUGUCCUGAAUUGAUUGUUUGAUAUGAUACAUCCGUCGUUUUAUCGGAUACUUAUUACUAUCCGAAAUCCUUAUGAUAUGGUCCAACCAACCGGCUCUUCUCCUGCCUUUACUACCUACUAGUAGUGGUAGGUAUGGGAUCACGCCUUAACUAAAAUGGAGGUUACUGUUCCAAGUUAACUCUGCCC